AUGGGUUUGCUGGAUCGAAUCUCGGAUCUCUGUGAUUGCUCUCGUGGUGACUCCAAAAUGCUGAAAAAACGCAAGCAAUUACAGAGCGUGGAGAUAAAAGUGAAAAUGGACUGUGAAGGGUGCCAGAGGACGGUGAGGAAAUCGGUUGAAGGGAUGAAGGGAGUGACGCAGGUGGAGGUGGAGCCCAAGCAGAACAAAGUGACGGUGAUUGGAUACGUGGACCCCGCCAAUGUGCUGACACGUGUCAGGCAUAGAACGGGCAAGAGGGCAGACUUCUGGCCCUAUAUUCCCUACGACGUCGUUGCGCAUCCGUACGCGCCCGGGACGUACGACAAGAAGGCUCCCGCUGGGUACGUGCGGGACGCGGCCGAGAACCCGGAGGCCUCCUCCCUCGCACGUGCCAGCUCCACCGAGGUCAAGUACACCACCGCCUUCAGCGACGACAAUCCAAAUGCUUGUGUUGUUAUGUGA